AUGGAUACCAUCAUUGAAGACUACUUCAGACGUGGAUUCACAAAUCGUGAAAUUUUAGUCGUUUUGGAGGAAUCACAUGAUAUCAAACUAAGCCUCCGGACCCUAGAAAGAAAGCUACAAAAGAACCAACUUUGGCGGAGACGAAAUAAGACAGAUGAAGCUGAGGUAGCAUCCUUCAUUCACCAACAACUACAAACGUCUGGCAAACAGCAUGGCUACAGAUGGAUGCACCAGAAAUGUUGGAUGGCCGGGAUUAUUACAGACAGAGAAACUGUGCGUCAAUUGAUACGACUGAUGGACGGGAAUGGGGUAGAUAUGCGUGCUCGCAACCGUUUGAGACGGCGUAUGUAUGUCAGCCGUGGACCAAACUAUGUAUGGCAUAUAGAUGGGUACGACAAAUUAAAGCCUUAUGGAAUAUGUAUCAGUGGUUGCAUUGAUGGCUUUUCGAGAAAAAUGAUAUGGCUAGAAGCAUACAAAACCAACAAUAACCCUCGUAUAAUCGCAGGUUACUUCAUCGAUGCUGUGACAGAACACAAUGGAUGUCCGCAAAAAGUCAGGUUAGAUCACGGGACUGAGAAUACCCACCUUGCAAUAAUGCAAAGGUUUUUGCACACCAGUGAGGAUGAGAAUGGCACUGAGUGUGUCACUUUAGGUCCAAGUACUGGCAAUCAAAGGAUUGAACGUUGGUGGUGCACUUUGAGAAGUGAAUGCGCCCAGUUUUGGAUGGACCAUUUCGACCAGCUGAAAGCAGAUGGCUAUUUUGUUGGCAACUUCAUUGACAAAUCACUGAUCCAGUUUUGCUUCCAAAAUACCAUACAGGAGGAACUUGAUGACGUUGUAACUGCCUGGAAUGACCAUCGCAUAAGAAGAUCAAACAAUCCUCGGGCUCCUAAUGGUCGACCCUCCAUAAUGUAUGCGGUUCCCAACCUUUAUGGGGCUCAGAAUUUCUUGCAGUCAGCUGAUCAAAUGAAAAUAGAAAUAUGCCGAGAGGAUUGUUGUUUUAAAGACUAUCCUUGUGAUGAGGAUGUGUUUCACUUAUGUAUUGAACUUAUGGCUGAGCACAAUCUGGCAAUGUCCGAUGAUCUGUAUGAAAUUACGGACUUGUAUCUAAGACUUCGUCAAAUGAUUACUGAUGGGCUGGGGGAAUGAAAUAUGUGGUAUGAGAAACUGUCAGCUAGACUGCUAUGAUGUCAAUAUAGCUAUCAAGGUUUGCUACAGUUUCAAUGUAUAUCUAGAAUAUAUCACAGAAGUGAAAUAAAAAAGAUAUAUAAUGUAUUAAUACUUCCUGUAUCCAUUUCAAAUUAAAAGCCCUCGAGCGUUUCUGUGGAUGGAAUCCCGUCAUUUGUUAAAAAUGCUUUUAUUGAUGGCUAUUAUCCAAGACAAACUCGAUGAAAGAUUGGGCUGGCAGCAGCAGCGCUGUCUGUGUGAACACCACACGCUCGUGCAAGCCGCAGCAGUUCAGCGAGGUAGCUGACGCACAGUUAGAAGUGCAGUGUGGCUCAGGUGUGCAUCAGCACCAUGGACAGUGUAGUGCACGGGGACGUGCACUCUGUUCCAUUUAUCAUUUUUUUCGGAAUUCCGCAAAAAUGUUUAAUUAGGCAAAGUGUUGCUUUUGAUUGAGCGCCAAUCUAAUUAUUGUUAUUACUCUUAACUGUGACUUUUUCUUUUUUUUGCUGAUGAAGCCAUUUUGUAAAACAGACUAGCUGUGUGAAUAUGUAGCCUAUAGGUGAAUUGGACACCCACGGAUGAAAAACAAAACGUUUCAACUUCUUUUCCAAAUGUGAUUUUGAAAUUCUUGCAACGCUGACAUGUAAGGACAUUUUUUUUAGGAAAAGUAAACGAAGGUGGAUGAUGUAACUUGUUACGAACAAAAUGUAAUUCAUUUGUAAAUAUGACUAGAUUUGCCUAUCGGCGGUGUAAAAUUAAACUAAAUUAAUAAAAUCAAAGUACACCAGCAUUUCUAUUCCAAACGCACUUCAGGUGUCUUGCGCAGGCCGCUGUCCAUGGUGCUGAAUGAUUGACACCUCAGGCUCUUCCCAAGUUGUAUUACCUGACCUGUCCUCUGUCCAUGGUGUUGCCGAUUGUGUAGACAGUGACGGUGCAUUCAUAGGCAGGAUGGAUAAUUGCUCAGGGCAAAAGGAAAGCAUUGGUCAGCGCUGUUCAUGAGUGGAAGUGCACCUGGCAACGUAGGCCUAUAUAUAUAUUUUUUGCUGGUUACUCGCCAUCCUUGCGGAUGGUCAGCUGUUAUAAAUAUUCAUGUUAGUGUUAGUAGUAUCCUGGUCUUAAAUAGGUGACAACAAUAUGAGACGUUGUACUCGGUGAAAUGCGCAUAUAUUUGCGCACUGCUCGUUUUCUUGCGCAGACCGACGGAUUGCCUUCCGCAUGCCCUGUAUGUAAAUGUGCAGAUUAAGGUAGACACAGUUUAUGAAUUUCAUCAAAUCCUGUUGGGUUCGUAUCUCUAUGUAAUUUGGGGUGUGUAUGUGUUCAGCAUAGCUACCUGUGUGCUCGUGCACACGUGUUCUAAUUACUUCCAACUGACAAAGACAGGGAGCCAAGCAGACACACAGCAGCGAUGAUGAUUUUGUGACUUUUUAUAUAUUUGACCAGAUUAAAAUUAAACACCUGAGACCCAGUGCUGCUUCCUGCUUAAUUGAAAACACCAAGAACACAAAGAAGAGCAUCAUAGGCGUAACCCAGCCAGCUACAUAUAGAUGCAUCUGUAAAACCAUAUGGUAACAAUACAGUACUACAGUUUUCCAAACUUUGCCAAUAAAAGAAAAUGACAACAUAGUACUGGCUACAUAUAGAUGCAUCUGUAAAAGUGUGCACCAUGCAUAUGGUAACAGUCAAUACAUUUUUCAAAACUUUGACAGUAAAAGAACAUGACCAGCAAAAGAUUUUUUUUGUAAAGAUUCUUCCACAUAUUCAUAUCUUCCUUUUAUGUGCAAAUAACAAAAAACAUUGUUCGGUAUCUGAACUGUGUAAGAACAAAUGUACUAUAUACACGAAUGAGAAAAGUAUGAUGAUGCUGUAGAUGUGUGGAUAUGUCUGAGGAUUUAACCAAUAGAUUCAGACAAAAUGUUUUUUGAGUGACUAAUCCUGAGAGUUGAAUAGAUAAGCAAGUGAUUGGUGCCACAGUGCUCUUUUCAUCACACAUUACUUACAUUCUCCCAGAGCAAGAGAACACUGAGCAAUCACUAAUUCUUCUAUUUUGACAUUAGAUGUUUACACUCCUUACUUUAGGCAUAUUAGUUGAAAUAAAUCUUACAAUGGUCAGUCUGCCAACGAUGUCCUUCACAAUGGGAUUGAGCCUUACACUUAAGUGACUUUAACUGAUGCCAGCCAAAAUGUAACUUUUGUAUUAAUGCCUUUACAUAACAAGUGCUUAACUAAAAAACAAACUGAAAACUAAAAGCAUAGUUUUCAAAGACCCUGAUACUUAAAAGUGGCAACAAAAGUUACUUAAACGUACAUUUUAGCCCUCCUUGAUCUCCACUGGCGUGAUGCUAUUAUGUUCUCUGUUAUGCUUAACAAAUGAUCUCGGUAAGGAACAGGAAAGUUUGUCUUUCGAGCUAUCUUUUGAACUAUUUCAAUCUUAUGCAUGGUUUUACAUGAGGACGCUUGGUCACUGACAUUAUACAAGGAAACAAGCAAACGAGUUUGCAUUGAAAUGUGUAUGAAUACCAUAAACACACACACACUCCCUGGACUAGAUUAGAUUAUGUCCAUUACCCACACAUUAGAUUCCAACACCUUGUUCAUCUCGGAGCUGAAGUCAGGGGAGCUGUCAUAAUGGACUGACAGCUUCAGCACACAGCCACAAGUAUGGGCCACAGGUCUUCUCUGAAAGCCUUGAAUCAGAGUAAAGUCAAUAAUAAUGUCUUUCCCCAGGAAUAGAUCUGACCCUGUGCAGAACCUGAGGAACAAACACAGAUGCUGCAUAUCAGCAUUCCUCAAAUAUGUGGUGAGGUACUUCUGAAUGUCCUUCUGGUGGACAUUCAUUGUCUCUGGGAAGGAGAGAGACUUCACAACCUUUCUCACAGUUGGUUGCAGGGUUUCGUAUACAGUUGUGAGGUCCUGAAGGCUGUGUCCGGCGGUGCUGAGUAUUUUUGCCCAUUGUUCAAUGACAUAGGCAGGCUCUUGAACAAGCCUUUUGUGGGCGAGCUCCUGGAGGAUUUCAUUGACAUUGCUGGCUGUUGGUAACCUUCUGCAGCUGUGGUUGUCUAGGAUCUCAAUCAAUUCUUCUUGGUCGACGCUGUUAAAAUCUGAUCUCCAUGAUUCAAACACUGUACGCUCAGACUCAGGCAUGUAUUUGAGGAAAUUCUCCACUACAUCGCUCUUCGCAUAUCCAAAAGCAGCUUGCUCUAAUAUGACAGGUGCGAUCUUCACAGGAAGAUAUUUCUCCCUCGCCCAUCCAAAAGCAAUGAUUCGACCAACACUCUCCCACUGCUGCUGUCCAAAAUCAUGCCUUAGAAAAGGCACUUUAAGAGCAUUUCCCGUUGCACAUUGGUCGUAGAAUUCACUCCAGAAUUCUGAGAGACAAUCUCUCACAACUCCGCCAUCAUCAUACCCCAUCUCAAGUGUUCCAUCUGGCAGAACAAGCUGGAUUUUGAUGUCAACAUCUUGAAGUCCAUCAUCGCAGAAAUGUGCUAUGAGCUCUCGCAGUACCUGCCCUCUGUGAACAACUAAUAUUCUCUUCACCCUCUCACUGGAUGAUAUGGUUUGUGGUGAAACAGGCAGUGUAUCAUCCAAAUUCUGUUGCUCAUUUUCAGAAAAGUCUCCGACAAAAACAACGUUGCUGCUCUCAAAAGCAUCCUCACUCCCACCCUGUGUGGAAUACAGUGCAAAGUCAUAAUUGUCAUCGCUUGGAGUGCUUCCAAGGAAUAUCACUUCAGGGUUGACCGUUUCAAAUGUAGCAGAUGGCGGCGCUGUAGCAACACUGAGAGAAGAAGGGGAAGACGGAUUCUGAGAGCUCACCUGUCUCUCCAAAGAUGGAGCUAAACCUGCGCUGUGACUGUGUGGACUGUCCAUUAUUUUCUUCUGUGUGGUCAAAUAAAACCUAAGAAGAGGGA